GGCGGGCCCGGCAGGUGCCGCGGAGGAUGGCGGCGGGGGACCCGGAGCAGGCGCGGUACUGCGGGCGGCUCUCGUACCUGUGCCUCAAGCUGAGCCUCAUCACCUACUCCACCACCUUCUGGGUGAUCGGAGCCCUCGUCCUCGCCGUUGGGAUUUAUGCAGAAAUUGAAAGACAGAAGUACAAAACUCUAGAAAGUGCCUUUCUAGCUCCAGCAAUUAUUUUAAUACUUCUGGGCAUUGUAAUGUUCCUGGUGUCCUUUGUGGGUGUACUGGCUUCUCUGAGAGACAAUUUAUGCCUCCUGCAAGCAUUCAUGUACAUCCUUGGAAUCUGCCUGCUGAUUGAGCUGACAGGUGGAGUGGUGGCCCUGAUCUUCAGGAACCAGACAAUCAAAUUUCUGAAUGAUAACAUUAGAAGAGGAAUUGAGAAUUACUAUGAUGAUUUAGACUUCAAGAACAUCAUGGAUUCUGUUCAAAAGCAGUUCAAGUGCUGUGGUGGGGAGGAUUAUAGAGAUUGGUCCCAGAACGUGUACCACAACUGUGAGGCUCCAGGACCACUGGCUUGUGGGGUGCCCUACACUUGCUGCAUCAGGAACAAGACAGACAUUAUCAACACUAUGUGUGGAUACAAAACCAUUGACCAAGAGCGCUUGAGCGUUCAGCACGUCAUCCACGUCCGCGGCUGCACCAACGCCGUGCUCAUCUGGUUCCUGGACAACUACAGCAUCAUGGCUGGGGUGCUGCUGGGCAUCCUGCUGCCCCAGUUCCUGGGCGUGCUGCUGACGCUGCUGUACGUGACCAGGGUGGAGGACAUCAUCGCGGAGCACAAGCUGGGCCAGAGCCUCUUCGGGGCUGCUCCUGCCGCCGAGCGGGCCGGGGCUGGCUGCUGCAUGUGCUACCCGGGCUGA